AUGUUAGACUCGCUGAAGGCGCAUGGGGACCUGAGCUGGCCUCUGCCCUCGGAGCCGGACCCCAGACCCCAACGGAACCCACUGCCCUCUGGCCCUCAGAGGCUUCGGGAGCUGGAAAUCAAAAAAGCCAAGUUUGAUGGUGCCCAAGAGAAAUUCAACACAUAUGUGACCCUGAAGGUGCAGAAUGUCAAGAGCACGACCAUUGCUGUGCGGGGCAGCCAGCCCAGCUGGGAACAGGAUUUCAUGUUUGAGAUUAACCGCCUAGAUUUAGGGCUGACAGUGGAAGUGUGGAACAAGGGUCUCAUCUGGGACACAAUGGUGGGCACUGUGUGGAUCCCCCUGCAGACCAUCCGCCAGUCCAAUGAAGAGGGCCCUGGAGAGUGGCUGACCCUGGACUCCCAGGUCAUCAUGGCAGACAGCGAAAUCUGUGGCACCAAGGACCCCACUUUCCACCGCAUCCUCCUUGACACCCGCUUCGAGCUGCCCUUAGAUAUUCCUGAGGAGGAGGCACGCUACUGGGCCAAGAAACUGGAGCAGCUGAAUGCCAUGCGGGACCAGGAUGAGUAUUCAUUCCAAGAUGAACAAGACAAGCCUCUCCCUGUCCCCAGCAACCAGUGUUGCAACUGGAAUUAUUUUGGCUGGGGUGAACAGCAGAAUGAUGACCCUGACAGUGCGGUGGAUGACCGUGACAGUGACUAUCGCAGCGAGACAAGCAACAGUAUCCCGCCACCCUAUUAUACUACUUCCCAGCCCAAUGCUUCUGUCCACCAGUAUUCUGUUCGCCCGCCACCCCUGGGUUCCCGGGAAUCCUACAGUGACUCCAUGCACAGUUAUGAGGAGUUCUCCGAGCCGCAGGCCCUCAGCCCCACAGGUAGCUACGCCUCCUCAGGGGAGCUGAGCCAGGGAAGCUCACAGCUGAGCGAGGACUUCGACCCAGAUGAGCAGAGCCUGCAGGGGUCUGAGAUCGAAGAUGAGCGGGACCGGGACUCCUACCACUCCUGCCACAGCUCAGUCAGCUACCACAAGGACUCGCCACGCUGGGACCAAGAUGAGGAUGAGCUGGACGAGGAGCUGGAUGAAGAGCUGGAUGAGGACCUGGAGGACUUCCUGGAAGAGGAGGAGGAGGAGGAGGAACUUCCUGAGGAUGAAGAGGAACUGGAAGAGGAAGAGGAGGUGCCUGAUGACAUCCGUGGUUAUGCCGAGCACCAGGAGGUGGCCGUGGCUGAGCCCAAGGACUUCAAGCGCAUCGGUCUUCUGCCGGCCGCCCCCGAGAAGGAGGACAAGGCUGCGACCGUGCCUGCCGAAGCCCCCUCUGUGGCCAAGGUGGCCCCCGAGCCAGCCGUGCCUGAGGAAGUGCCCGCAGCUGAGCGGGCACCCGAGGAAGAGCCCCCCAAAGCUGAGGAGAGUUUCAGGCCACAAGAAGAUGAGGAAGGCCAGGAAGGUCAAGACUCCAUGUCCAGGGCCAAGGCCAACUGGCUGCGAGCCUUCAACAAAGUGCGGCUGCAGCUGCAGGAGGCCCGGGGAGAAGGAGAGAUGUCCAAAUCCCUAUGGUUCAAAGGCGGCCCAGGGGGUGGUCUCAUCAUCAUCGACAGCAUGCCUGACAUCCGCAAAAGGAAGCCCAUCCCACUCGUGAGUGACCUGGCCAUGUCCCUGGUCCAGUCCAGAAAAGCGGGCAUCACAUCGGCCUUGGCCUCCAGCACUUUGAACAACGAGGAGCUGAAAAACCACGUUUACAAGAAGACCCUGCAAGCCUUAAUCUACCCCAUCUCGUGCACGACGCCGCACAACUUCGAGGUGUGGACGGCCACCACGCCCACCUACUGCUACGAGUGCGAAGGGCUGCUGUGGGGCAUCGCGCGCCAGGGCAUGCGCUGCACCGAGUGCGGCGUCAAGUGCCACGAGAAGUGCCAGGACCUGCUCAACGCCGACUGCCUGCAGCGGGCGGCGGAGAAGAGCUCCAAGCACGGGGCUGAGGACCGCACGCAGAACAUCAUCAUGGUGCUCAAGGAUCGCAUGAAGAUCCGGGAGCGCAACAAACCCGAGAUCUUCGAGCUCAUCCAGGAGAUCUUCGCGGUGACCAAGACCGCGCACACGCAGCAGAUGAAGGCGGUCAAGCAGAGCGUGCUGGACGGCACGUCCAAGUGGUCGGCGAAGAUCAGCAUCACUGUGGUCUGUGCCCAGGGCUUGCAGGCAAAGGACAAGACGGGAUCCAGUGACCCCUACGUCACUGUCCAGGUCGGGAAGACCAAGAAACGGACGAAGACCAUCUAUGGGAACCUGAACCCUGUGUGGGAAGAGAACUUUCAUUUUGAAUGUCACAACUCCUCAGAUCGAAUCAAGGUGCGAGUCUGGGACGAAGAUGACGAUAUCAAAUCCCGCGUGAAACAACGGUUCAAGAGGGAGUCCGAUGACUUCCUGGGGCAGACAAUCAUCGAGGUGCGGACGCUCAGUGGCGAGAUGGACGUGUGGUACAACCUGGACAAGCGGACUGACAAAUCUGCUGUCUCGGGUGCCAUCCGACUACAUAUCAGUGUGGAGAUUAAAGGGGAAGAGAAGGUGGCCCCCUACCAUGUCCAGUACACCUGUCUGCAUGAGAACCUGUUCCACUUUGUGACUGAUGUGCAGAACAAUGGGGUUGUGAAGAUCCCAGAUGCCAAGGGUGACGAUGCCUGGAAGGUUUACUAUGAUGAGACAGCCCAGGAGAUUGUGGAUGAAUUUGCCAUGCGCUACGGCGUCGAGUCCAUCUACCAAGCCAUGACCCACUUUGCCUGCCUCUCCUCCAAGUACAUGUGUCCUGGGGUGCCUGCUGUCAUGAGCACCCUGCUUGCCAACAUCAAUGCCUAUUAUGCGCAUACCACCGCCUCCACCAACGUGUCUGCCUCCGACCGCUUCGCAGCCUCCAACUUCGGGAAAGAGCGCUUCGUGAAGCUCCUGGACCAACUGCAUAAUUCCCUACGGAUUGACCUCUCCAUGUAUCGGAAUAACUUCCCAGCCAGCAGCCCGGAGAGACUCCAGGACCUCAAAUCCACUGUGGACCUUCUCACCAGCAUCACCUUUUUUCGGAUGAAGGUGCAAGAACUCCAGAGCCCGCCUCGAGCUAGCCAGGUGGUGAAGGAUUGUGUGAAAGCCUGCCUCAACUCUACUUACGAGUACAUCUUCAACAACUGUCAUGAACUCUACAGUCGGGAGUACCAGACAGACCCUGCGAAGAAGGGGGAAGUUCCCCCAGAGGAACAGGGCCCUAGCAUCAAGAACCUCGACUUCUGGUCCAAGCUGAUCACUCUCAUAGUGUCCAUCAUCGAGGAAGACAAGAAUUCCUAUACUCCCUGCCUCAACCAGUUUCCCCAGGAGCUGAAUGUGGGUAAAAUCAGUGCUGAAGUAAUGUGGAACCUGUUUGCCCAGGACAUGAAGUAUGCCAUGGAGGAGCAUGACAAGCACCGCUUGUGCAAGAGUGCCGACUACAUGAACCUCCACUUCAAGGUCAAGUGGCUCUACAAUGAGUAUGUGGCAGAGCUUCCCGCUUUUAAAGACAGAGUGCCAGAGUACCCUGCGUGGUUUGAGCCCUUCGUCAUUCAGUGGCUGGACGAAAAUGAGGAGGUGUCCCGAGAUUUCCUGCAUGGGGCCCUGGAGCGAGACAAGAAGGAUGGGUUCCAGCAGACCUCAGAGCAUGCCCUGUUCUCCUGUUCUGUGGUGGACGUCUUCUCCCAGCUUAACCAGAGCUUUGAAAUCAUCAAGAAGCUCGAGUGCCCUGACCCCCAGAUUGUGGGUCACUACAUGAGGCGGUUUGCCAAGACCAUCAGUAAUGUGCUCCUCCAGUAUUCGGACAUCAUCAUCAAGGACUUCGCCUCCUACUGCUCCAAGGAGAAGGAGAAAGUGCCUUGCAUCCUCAUGAACAACACUCAGCAGCUGCGAGUUCAGCUAGAGAAGAUGUUUGAAGCCAUGGGAGGGAAGGAGCUGGAUGCUGAGGCCAGUGACAUCUUGAAAGAGCUCCAGGUGAAACUCAACAACGUCUUGGAUGAACUCAGCCGGGUGUUUGCUACCAGCUUCCAGCCUCACAUUGAGGAGUGUGUCAAACAGAUGGGUGACAUCCUUAGCCAGGUGAAGGGCACGGGCAAUGUGCCAGCCAGUGCCUGCAGCAGCGUGGCCCAGGAUGCUGACAACGUGCUGCAGCCCAUCAUGGACCUGCUGGACAGCAACCUGACUCUCUUUGCCAAAAUCUGCGAGAAGACGGUGCUGAAGAGGGUACUGAAGGAGCUGUGGAAGCUGGUCAUGAACACCAUGGAGAAGACCAUCGUCCUGCCACCCCUCACUGACCAGACGAUGAUCGGCACCCUCUUGAGAAAACAUGGCAAGGGAUUAGAAAAGGGCAGGGUGAAACUGCCAAGCCACUCAGAUGGAACCCAGAUGAUCUUCAAUGCAGCCAAGGAACUGGGUCAACUGUCUAAACUCAAGGACCACAUGGUACGAGAGGAAGCCAAAAGCUUGACUCCAAAGCAGUGUGCAGUUGUUGAGCUGGCCCUGGACACCAUCAAGCCAAGAGGAGAAAAUGAGGCACAGGAAGCCAGAGUGUCAGAUGCUGCCAAGAUCACGAUGUGCUCCAGUGUGGAAGACCCUGUGGGUGAAGUCUCCGUCCACGUUGAGCUCUUCACUCAUCCAGGAACCGGUGAACACAAGGUCACAGUGAAAGUGGUAGCUGCCAAUGACCUCAAGUGGCAGACUUCUGGCAUUUUCCGGCCGUUCAUUGAAGUCAACAUCAUUGGGCCCCAUCUCAGCGACAAGAAACGCAAGUUUGCGACCAAAUCCAAGAACAACAGCUGGGCCCCCAAGUACAAUGAGAGCUUCCAGUUCACGCUGAGCGCGGAAGCGGGCCCCGAGUGCUACGAGCUGCAGGUGUGCGUCAAAGACUACUGCUUUGCGCGUGAGGACCGCACAGUGGGGCUGGCCGUGCUGCAGUUGCGUGAGCUGGUCCAGCGCGGGAGCGCCGCCUGCUGGCUGCCCCUCGGCCGCCGCAUCCACAUGGACGACACAGGCCUCACGGUGCUGCGCAUCCUGUCGCAACGCAGCAACGACGAGGUAGCCAAGGAGUUCGUCAAGCUAAAGUCGGACACGCGCUCCGCCGAGGAGGGCGGUGCCACGCCUGCGCCCUAG